AUGGCCGCCUUACGGAUUGCCACUCGGCGAAUGCUACUCCCGCAGCGUUUUGCGUGUCGAGCCCUCCAAGCCACUUCCACUACACCCCCUCCCUUGUCUAGCACCAAUAUCACACCGCACUCACCAGCACCAUGCUCCAUCCGCCAUAGCUCUCACUCUCCAUUGAGUGCAGCCACAGCCAGCACGAGGAAGAAAGUCACAACACAGACCCUACGCAAUCUGUAUAAAAAGGGCGAGCCAAUCACUAUGUUGACUGCCCACGAUUUUCCAAGUGCACACGUUGCCGAGGUCGCCGGUAUGGAAGUGGUUCUUGUCGGUGAUAGCUUGGCAAUGGUAGCCCUAGGCAUGCAAGAUACCAACGAAGUGGUGCUUGAAGAUAUGCUGCUGCAUUGUCGAAGUGUCGCGCGAGCAGCCCAGACAGCGUUCACGGUUGCGGAUCUGCCUAUGGGUUCGUAUGAAAUAUCCCCAGAGCAAGCUCUUCAGUCGGCUAUUCGGAUAAUCAAAGAGGGUCGAGUACAGGGUAUUAAGCUUGAAGGGGGAGAGGAGAUGGCUCCAACUAUCAAGCGUAUAACAUCUGCCGGGAUUCCAGUCGUUGGACAUAUCGGUCUCACACCCCAACGUCAAAACGCACUUGGAGGCUUCCGUGUUCAAGGAAAGUCCACAGCAAGUGCUCUGAAACUGUUACAAGACGCGCGCGCCGUGCAAGAAGCCGGUGCAUUCAUGAUGGUAGUGGAAGCAGUGCCACCAGAGAUCGCAAGGAUCGUCACACAGAAGCUCAGCGUUCCCACCAUUGGCAUUGGCGCAGGUAACGGCUGUUCCGGUCAAGUCCUCGUCCAGAUCGACAUGACCGGAAACUUCCCACCUGGCCGUUUCUUGCCUAAAUUUGUCAAGCAGUAUGCCAAUGUCUGGAACGAGGCCCUGAAAGGCAUCGAGGAAUACCGUGAUGAGGUGAAGAGCCGAGCGUACCCCGCGGAACAGCACACAUAUCCCAUUCCGAAGGAGGAACUAGCGGAGUUUGAGAAGGCCGUCGAUGAGAUACCCGAAAAGAAAUGA